AUGUACCCCUCUCCUGAGGUUGAACAACAUAGUAAGAAGAAUGAUGAUUCCUCCAGUUCUGAGAAGGACAUGGCUGCUGAAGGUUUAUGCUCUCUAAGGCAAACUGUGUCUGGUAAAGGAAAGUCUAUGGCAUCUAAAACUACCAAUGCUUCCCACACUGAGAAGCAUGGUGAUGCAAACGAUGUGAUUAACCUAGAGGAUGAUAGGUCUGAUGAUCAAGAGGAUAACUUAAUUCAUCACUUAAAGCCAGGUGUGGCUAAACGUAUGAAGACUCGAAAAGGAAGAUCUGUGGUUGAACUUAUGUCAGCUAGAAAAACUAAGAAGACUGCUGGUAUUGGUCCCUCCAAAUCUUGGAGCAAGGUUGAAGUGAAGAAGAGGAAGUCUCCUGUGAAAGUUGUUGUUGUGCAUUUGGACAAUAUCUCUUUCCAUCUUGAGGAUCGAGCUUCCAAAUGGAAAUUUGUGAUUCAAAGAAGGGUAGCUGUGGAAAGGGAGUUAGGAAAGGAUGUUGCUGAAGUCAAGGAGGUCAUGGACCUGAUAAAGGCUGAUGGGUUGUUGAAGACUAUGGCUAGGUUCUCUCAGUGUUAUGAGGGUUUAGUUAAGGAAUUCAUUGUCAACAUUCUUAAGGAUAUUGCUGAUAAGAACAACAAGGAAUUUUGCGAAGUGUUUGUGAGAGGUAAGUGUAUCACAUUCUUUCCCACUGUUAUUAACAAUUUUCUGGGAAGAAAAGUUAAGGGUGCAGGUGAAUUGGAAGCUACAGACAAUGAGGUCUGUAGAGAAAUUACAGCUAGGCAGGUGAAAUGA